AUGGCCAAAACCGGAGACCUCAUAGCCCUCCUCAUCCUGAUCAUCCUUGUUGCCAUUCUCGCGGCCGUCGGAUUCGUGGCUUAUACGAUUGCACACGAUGUCGGGCACCACACCCGGCAGAAACUUGAGAGGAAGAAUGUUUCAUUCAGUCGUGAUGGGAUGAAAGUCGGCGUGAAGGAAGUGACACGGGAGCAACAGGAGGACGCGGCACAGAGUGUGAUAACGAAGAUAUGGAACAAUUCCAAUUGGCCAGCGUAUCAAUCUCCCUUGCUGGGAUGGGGACAGGGAAACAAGGCGCCAGCUGCGACGCCUGGGCCGGAGAAGAGAAACCCGUUUGCGCGCUCGUCAUCCUCGGCGCAGUCCGUCCCUACUCUCUCGCGAAAUGGCUCAAGUCAAAAUAACCUCUCCCGCACAACGUCUGCGCAGGCUCCGCUGUCGAGGACCAGCUCUUCCCAAAGCAGGCCAUAA